AUGUCUGGGCAGGCCAACCUGUUCAGCCGCAAGCGGCGGAGCCGCGUCACGGAGCAGGACAAGGCCAUGCUGCAACUGAAACAGCAGCAGGAUAAACUGAAGCAAUAUCAGAAAUGGAUAACUCUGAAUCUGGAAAGAGAGAGAUCUGUUGCCUGGCAGCUACUGAGAGAUGGCAAGAAAGAAAAAGCCAAGUUAUUGCUAAAGAAGAAGCGCUACCAAGAGCAGCUGCUGGAUAAAACAGAAAACCAGAUCAGCAACCUGGAAUGCAUGGUCCAGGAUAUUGAAUUCACCCAGAUUGAAAUGAAGGUGAUUGAAGGCCUGAAAACUGGCAAUGAAUGUCUGAAUAAAAUGCAUGAGGUCAUGUCAAUAGAAGAAGUGGAAAGAAUAAUAGAUGAAACCCAAGAUGCUGUGGAAUAUCAAAGGCAAAUUGAUGAAAUGUUGGCUGGCAGCUUCACCGAAGAAGAUGAAGAUGCCAUUUUAGAAGAAUUAAAUGCCAUUACUCAGGAACAGCUCGAGCUCCCUGAAAUUCCCACUGAGCCACUCCCGGAAAAGAUCCCAGAAGCAUCACUUGUCAAGAUCAGGGCCAAGCCAGAACUGGUGGCAGCAUCUUAAUUCCACUCCUGGGGACAACCCCAAAUACCUUCCAUCAUGGACAGUUUGGAAUCCCAGCAUGCCCUGGGAACAGGAAACACCUCAGUAGCAUCCUAGCUGCGCUGGGCAAAUGUGCUGGAGUGAGGUUUCCUGCGCAGGGCAGGAAAUCUCAACAGAUUAUUGCUCUUGUAUCAAGAUUAUUUUCUAGUGCUUUCUUUUUGUAAUUUAAAUUCUAAACUCACUCAGCUGCUCUGUCUCUGGAUUAAACAGGGACUUUACAACU